AUGAUUGUUGCAUUCGAUUUUGUGAUUGUGCUUGAUCAUGGUUCAAAAAUAGUACAUUUUUAUUUGUUUGGUUUUUGUAGCUUUUGUUAUGGACCAUCACUAAAAAAUGCUUCAUUGUCCCACAUUACAGUUGGUUGUAAUGCUGAUGUAGUGAACAUGGCCGGGGAGAAGUACACAUCAUUCUUAAAUGUACCGGAGAUAGUAGGAAGGAGCACUUCCGUUUUCAGUCAGUAUAAGUUUCCUACAACAUCAUAUGAUAACAUUUGCCUGAAUGAUGCUGGUUUAGUCAGGAAUGUGUUGAGGCAAGUCCCUGUCUCUACUGGACUUAAGCUUGCAUAUGGAGAAGAAGAGCCAAAUACUUCCAUCUCAUCUGCUGGUGAAUGCGUAAUGCAUUCAUCGACAAUGUGCCACAAUGAUAAUCUGCUAGUAGAGUUUGCUCGGCAGAGUGAUGAAUAUGAUCAUUUCAUCAGAAUACAGGGGGAAAACUUUAGGAAGGGCAUCGCAGAACUAAACCAAAGGCACACAGUUUCUCUCUUGAAUGCUCUCGAGAAAGAAGUAAGACACAGAAUGCACGAGAAAGAUGUUGAGAUACAGAAUCACAACCAGAGAAACAAGGAGUUGAUGGAGAAAAUGAGGCAGAUCGACAUGGAAGCACAGAUGUGGCACUUGAGAGCAAAACAAAAUGAGUCUCUUGUCGAUGUCUUAAGGAACAACAUCAAUCACGUAUUUCAACAAGGCGCUGCAGCAUUGAAGGAAGAUUGUGGUGAGAGCAUGGCAGAUGAUGCUGUUUCUUCAUGCAAUCAGAAUGUUGUAGAUCCAUCGUUCAAGUCUUCGAAAGAGCUGGUGAACUGCAAAGCAUGCAAGAGUAAGGAAGUUUCUGUUCUGGUGUUGCCUUGUAGACACUUGUGCCUUUGUACAGAUUGUGAUGUUUCCAUUGAUGUUUGCCCUGUUUGUCGAGCGAACAAGGUAGGAACCUUACAAGUAUACAUGUCUUAAACUCGCGAAAAAGAAAAAAACCCACAAUUGGAUGAGUUUUUUGAUCAACAAAGUUAUAUUGUAGUUCUUGUGGGAUUUUCUUUCCUUAUCGACUUCCUCAUAUCGGCCCAUCUGUCUAUAAUACUAUUUUUCCUUGCGACGAUUUGUGUUGUACAUAAGACGAUAGGAAAUUGAGAAACUUUGUGGCUAAGCUCAUCAAAGGGAAAGGCAAUAAUCUGCCGACAAAUUUUGAAAAGAUAUCAUCCAUUAACUUAUCA